AUGGCUGAUUUUAUUUGUCGAUAUCAUACACGUAUUGCAGGAGUCGAACCAAAACUUCAUACGAGACAUUUUAUUCUUCAACAAUUACAAGCAGAAAUAUUAGCUAAAAUAAUUAGUCAAAUAGAUUUAUUUGUUGAUCAUCCUUUUCUUUCAAUGAUGUAUCAUGACAAUCUAUUUCUUGGUAUAUGUAAUAGUGCGAUUGAUAACGAAAUAAAUGGUACUCGAGAUGAACUUCAAAUAUUACUACGCUUCAAUACACUUACGGAACAUCAAUCAACACAAUCAGCAUCUGUUCGAUAUAUCGUACAUAAUGGUUGUUAUGCUUUAGCAAGCUUUCAUACAAAAGCAUUUGUUGAUGACAUGUGUCGAAUGAUUUGUGAAUCGAAUUCUGAAAAAGCUAAAAAGUGUCGACUGUUAUCAGAUAUACCAAAUCGUAGUUUUUAUGAUUUUAGUUUAUAUUUUGAUAAUGAAUUAUUUCGACUUAGUACUGUGGCACCUCCAAAAAAGGAAGAUUAUAAACCACUGAUACCUGUUCUUUGGUCUACAAUGAGAUCAACUAGUGAUGAUGAAUCAAAACAAUUAUCCAGUUCACCAUCAUUCGAUGUUGAAUUAACAACAUCAAAUAAUUUAUUGGCAAGUCAAACUAGUCUAUCAAAUAUAACUGCAACAACUAAUUCUUCUAUGAUAUUGAAUAAUAAAAUGACUUUACAAACGAAUAAUUUUAUAAAUUAUCUAGCAGAAAAACUUCCUGAAAUGUUUAUGAAACUUCAAACAGAAAAUUCUUCAUCAAAUUCUAAUCCUGCAACUAAAACAUCGACACAUUCAUCAAUUUCAACCGACGAUAUUGUGAAAAAAGAAAAACUAUUAUUAUUCAGUUUAUUAAAUAAUUAUUUACAAACAAUGUCUCAUGUUCAAGCCUCUACACAAAUAAUAGACGAGAACAAGGAUACAAAAUCUUAUGCUUUCUUUUGCUCAACGUCAAAAGAUACAUAA